UACUCAUUGUCAGUGCCCACUUGUUCAAUCUAGUCCCUAUCCCUAUUCCCGCCCGCCUCUGACUCUCAUGAAAUUGGGCUGAAAUCUAUCAAAGCUCAGAGCGAGCCAACCCCAAGCCUAAAGGCUCUCAUGAAGUAAUCCUUCGGUCCUCCGGACCUCGCUCUUCAUAGCUCCAGAUGGAAAUAUUGGUGCAAAGCAGUCCUACAAAAUCAAGGCGCUUCCAUGUCGCCGGUCAUUGUUUCUAUCUCCUCUGCUUCCUCUCUCUUCUCUCCGGUGUCAAAUCCGACGAGCUUCAAAUUCUCAUGAAAAUCAAAUCCGCACUUCAGAGCUCAACCACCAACGUUUUCAGUUCAUGGGAAUCCUCCAAUCCCACGUGCCGUUUCGCCGGAAUCACCUGCAACUCGGACGGUUCGGUCGCAGAAAUUGACCUCUCACUCAAAAAUCUAACGGGGACUGUUCCUCUGGACUCCAUAUGCCAGCUCCAAUCGCUGGAAAAGCUCUCCUUGGGGUUCAACCUCUUGCACGGUCCAAUCAUGGAGGACUUGAAAAACUGCGUGAAAUUGCAAUAUUUGGACUUGGGAAACAAUUUCUUCACUGGCUCUGUUCCAGACAUAUCUCCUCUCAGCGGAUUACAGUAUCUGUACCUGAACAACAGUGGAUUCUCCGGAAAUUUCCCGUGGGAUUCACUCCGGAACAUGACGGGUCUUAUUAGGCUAAGCCUCGGAGACAACCCUUUCAAUCCCAGUCCAAUUCCAAGCGUCGUCGCUCAGCUCACCAAGCUGGAUUGGCUUUACCUCUCGAAUUGCAACAUCCAAGGAUCAAUCCCAGCUGGAAUUGGAACUCUCACAGCGCUAACCAACUUGGAACUGUCCGACAAUAACAUGACCGGUGAGAUUCCCGUAGAGAUUGGGAACCUCGUGAACCUGUGGCAGCUCGAGCUCUACAACAAUUCAUUCACAGGAAAACUUCCUGCGACUUUAAGAAACCUCACGAAGCUCAAGAUGUUUGAUGCUUCUACGAACCAUCUCGAAGGCGAUCUGUCCGAGCUGAGGUUCUUGACCAACCUGGUGAGUCUGCAACUGUAUGCCAACAAUCUUUCUGGGCAGGUACCGACCGAGUUGGGUGAGUUCAAGAAGCUGGUGAACCUCUCUCUGUACUCGAACAGGUUGACGGGUCCUCUGCCUCCGAAGCUUGGGUCUUGGGCCGAAUUCAAUUUCAUCGACGUGUCUGAUAACUUCUUGACCGGUCCAAUCCCGCCAGAUAUGUGCAAGCAGGGUACUAUGAAGAAGCUUUUGCUGCUCAACAACAGAUUCACCGGCGAAAUUCCGGCCAACUACGCCAACUGUUCAACUCUGCUUCGUUUCAGAGUCCCCAAUAACUUGCUCUCUGGUACCGUUCCCGCUGGAAUUUGGGGAUUACCCAACGUGCACGCAUUCGAUAUCUCGUCGAAUAAUAUCGAAGGUCCGAUUACCUCUGAUAUCAAGAAUGCUAAAUCUCUCGGGCAGAUUUUUGUCGGAAACAAUCGCUUAUCGGGUGAAUUACCGGCCGAGAUCUCUCUCGCUACCUCGCUGGUAUCGAUUCAACUGAACGACAAUCAAUUCUCGGGAAAUAUCCCUUCCCGUAUUGGUGACCUGAAGCAACUCAACGUUCUUCAUCUACAGAACAACAAGUUCUCUGGUUCGAUACCAGAUACGUUAGGCACUGGUGUUUCUCUCACUGACAUAAACAUGGCUAACAAUUCGCUUUCGGGUCAAAUCCCAUCUUCUUUCGGAUCUCUACCGACUCUUAAUGCUCUCAAUCUCUCCAACAACCAACUUUCCGGUGAAAUUCCAGGGACUUUUUCAGCUCUUCGACUAAGCCUUCUCGACCUGUCUCACAACAGGUUGACCGGUCCCGUGCCGCAAUCUCUGUCACUCGCAGCGUAUAACGGUAGCUUCGCAGCAAACCCAGGCUUAUGCAGCUCUACGAUCAGCUCUGUAUUCCCUCGCUGUCCGUCAGGUUCAGGCAUGUCCAGAUCAAUCCGUACACUCAUCAUUUGCUUUGCAGUGGGUUCGGCUUUAUUGCUUGUGUCUUUGGUGUACUCAUUCUACUUGAAGAAGAGGGAAAAGGAUCAUCGAAGCCGUUCGUUAAAGGACGAAUCGUGGGACGUGAAGUCCUACCACGUGUUGAGCUUCACAGAGGAUGAGAUUCUUGAUGCUGUCAAGCAAGAGAAUGUGAUUGGGAAAGGUGGUUCUGGAAACGUGUACAAGGUGGUGCUUGCUAAUGGUAUAGAACUUGCGGUGAAGCACAUAUGGAACGCGGAUUCGAGAGGUAAUGGCCUCAGCGGCACCAUGCCGAUGCUCGGAAAGCGUGGGGGGAAGUCGAAGGAAUUCGAUUCCGAGGUGCAGACUUUGAGCUCGAUAAGGCAUGUGAAUGUGGUGAAACUAUAUUGCAGCAUCACCAGCGACGACUCGAGCUUGUUGGUGUAUGAGUAUUUACCGAACGGGAGCUUGUGGGAUCGGCUCCACACUUGCCGGAAGAUGGAGCUCGAUUGGGAGACGAGGCAUGAGAUUGCCAUUGGAGCAGGCAAAGGGUUGGAGUAUCUUCAUCAUGGGUGUGAGCGGCUGGUCAUUCAUAGAGAUGUGAAGUCGAGUAAUAUUUUGUUGGAUGAAUUUUUGAAGCCAAAAAUUGCAGAUUUUGGACUUGCGAAGAUUGUUCAGGCCAAUGGUGGCAGAGAUUCCACCCAUGUCAUUGCUGGAACACACGGCUACAUCGCUCCCGAAUAUGGGUAUACAUACAAAGUAAACGAGAAGAGUGACGUGUAUAGUUUUGGAGUGGUACUGAUGGAGUUGGUGUCCGGAAAAAGACCGAUAGAGCCAGAGUACGGGGAGAACAAGGACAUAGUGAAAUGGGUUUGCAGCAAGUUGAAGGACAGAGAGAGUAUAUUGAGUGUGGUGGACUCCAGAAUUCCAGAAUCUUUCAAGGAAGAUGCUAUCAAGGUACUGAAAAUUGCAAUUCUUUGCACUGCUGCGCUUCCGGCACUUAGGCCAACGAUGAGAACUGUCGUCCAAAUGCUAGAGGAAGCGGCGCCUUAUAAAUUGGUCGGAAUUGUCAUUGCCAAAGAUGGUACUACUAAGAAAAAUGAAGUAAAGGGUACAGAGAAACUGAGUCCAGAGCUUUAAGCUUUCAAAUUUGGCAAUUGGGGUUGAAGCUUUAAGCUUUCAAAUUUGGCAAUUGGGGUUGAAGAUUUUUGGUCACGAUCUCCAUUCUCCUGCUAGCUGUAACAUAGCAUUAUUGUGUAAUAGAUGAAACCUGAGGUUAUUUGUAGAUAUAAGGCAUAAAGCCUCUAGCUUUUUAUGUUCUGUAAUUUAUGAAUGUAAGGUAGAGGUAUGAAAAAUUAGAGUGAUGGUAAUUGAGUCCCCAUGGUUACCAUUUGUUCACAA